CUGAGGCCAUGCUGAGUGAAACUGACUCCUCCGUUCACCUAGCUCUCCAAAAAACGUUGCUACAAUUAAGCUUGCAAUCAACUCCUUUAAACACUGACCAGAUAUGGAAAACCCAGAGGUUGAGUCAGACUUUCUCCGAAGUGUGCAUGCCCUUCUUCGGGAACUUGAUGGCUACCAUCCAGCCUUCCAAAGUGAGAGAGGGAUGCUGAGAUGGACCUUGCACAAGAAAAUGGACCGGAAUCCCCAAAAUGGAAUCCUCUGGAUUAAAAUUUUGGUGAAAGAACUCGAAAGAGCAGAAAGGUGUAACCAUCAGAAGCACAUCAUUCCCCUGGUUCACACACUGAUGUAUACGCUGAUCAAAGUGCCUUGUUUAUCUGAUGACCUAUAUGAGCGGGUCUAUGAUUUCUUCAAGAAGUUGCUUACUUUGCCCAAGCCUUUCUGCACUAUUGGUUUGGAUUAUGCUGGCCAACUGAAACUAGAACGGGCAAUCCCAGGGAUAUUAUACCAAAGGAAAGUCUCUGCAGAACAAGGCCUAAAAAAUGAUUCAUUCCCUUAUCAGGAUAAGAUUUUCAUGUUUGUUGAUCCAGAUUUGCUCUCUGGGGCUGUAUGCCAAGCUUUAGUUGAUGAAAUCAAGGCUGCUCAAAUGUUCCAGUGUACCAGGUCCUGCAUGAUCUAUGUGAUAGCACAUGCCUUCCAAACAGGCCUGAAGGAACAUUGUGAUAUGAGGAACUUGCAUGAAGUAUUUCAGGCAAAGCCCUUAGAUGAGAUUGAACACUGUUUCCAAGAAGUGAUGGCAGCAACCGAACAUGCAGUUGAAGAAAUGAAUGUGGAAUAUAGUCAAUAUGUUGAGGCCCUUGAGAACAUCUACAGCACAUUGCUGAGUCCUUCAGAGAGAAAGGUGAACUCUUCAGUAGACAAAAGUUCGGACAUCCCUUUGCCCAAUCCUAAAAUCAGCUUCCACCUGUGGACUGAUGAAGACCAACUUUGGAAAGAGUUGGUGCAGUUUCUCCGUUCACCGAGUCAGUGUGGUGAACAGGAUUCUCUGAGUCCAGGACUGGAUGGUUUUGAAUUUCAAGAUCUGGUGCCAGAGUAUGACUGCUGUGAACAGACGCGUUUCUCUGUGCUCUCCAAUGACAGUGGGAUUGAGCGGGACUUGCCCUUUCUGGCUGAUGACAUGCCAACUUCCUGCAAUGCUGAGACUGAGCAUUCUCGACUCCAGAGAAAGGGUUGCAUGAAGAAAAAAUAUGCAGAUAGCGUAGCUUUGCUUCAAAGUAAUUGCAGUGGCCAAGGUGCAAAGCAGACUGGGAAACUGCACCGGAAAUCUGGCGGUAGUACCAUGGAACCAAUAGUUAAAGUGAAAAAACUGCAUACAGCUCGUGUCUUGGUGCUGGGUGAUGACAGGGUAUUGGGACGCCUUGCCCAAGCCUAUCACUCUUUGAGGAAGCGAGAAAGCAGGCGGGUGUUUCUUACACAAAGGCUAAAAGUACAUUUUUAUUAUGUGCCUCUUGUUGAAGAGCAACCACCCUCUUCCCUUAUUGAGGGAGAGCCAUGUGAGUUGGCUGCCUAUCUUGGAAGAGCUGAUCCGUGGUACGAGAGCAAUGUUAAUUCCCUCUGUUACACGAUUCCAAAGCUGGCCACCAUGCUUUCUUCACCAAGCAAAUCCACACUCUCUGAAUUGUUCAUUAUUGAUGUGAUUGCAUAUUAUGUGCGUCUGGGCUUACAGCCAGUUUUCUUCCAAGUCUAUGCAGUGAAGAUUUUUUUUAAUAAUGCUGCCUUGGAGCCAGUUGAGGACAUUUUCCUCACUGAGUUAAGAAUAAACUUUGAAGAGUUCAACACUUCCAAAGACAAUUUACCAACAAAGAAGAAACCAACAAUAGAAUUUCCUGGUGCAGAACUUACAUUAUUAUAUAAAAAGAUCUAGUGUGCUUGACUGUAAAUAUUGAUGAAGUCAUAAAAACCUCAGGACGAUCAUAUUCUUUAAUGACAAAUACUAUACGAAUGCGCAACAUCAGUCUCAGAAGUACAGACCAAAGAUCUUUUACUGUGUUCCUUGACAAGGAUUCCAGGCGAGCCUAUAAGAAUGUUAUCAGUAUUCAAGUGUUUCCCUGCCUAGAACCCAGCUACUGUUUGCAGAAAUCAAGAACAAAACAGACCAACUUGAAAGAGGAAGAAGAUGAUGAUAUUGGAUUGGCCAAAUACUUACCUAAGUCUUUACUCUUACCCAUCAACACUUUUGCAGGCAUUAUUCGAUAAAGAAGCUGACAA